AUGGAUGUAAAGCUAAAAGAUCGGGACUUCUGGUACAGUCUCCAUGGUCAAGUCCCCGGGAUGCUGGAAUGGGACAUGGGGAAUGAAUUUUUCCUGCCUUGCACCACAGAUCAGCGCCCUUUCGCAGAGCAGAGUCUCGCAAAAUACAAAAUCCAGCUACUAAAGCCACCAGCACUGCCUCAGGAGAGGAAAGCCAAUACUGAUGAAGAUGACCCUCUCACUGAACCCAGCUUGUGGAUGUGGGUGAAUCCCAACAUUGUGUGCCCCAUCAACAGCAACGAGGCUCCAAAUCCCAGUCACAAAGUUCAGCCAAGUGUUCCAGUCCCAAAGACUGAUGAGUCUGCCUUCUUAGGGGCUCAGAGAGUGAUGCAAUCCCUGUCUGUUCUCCACACUGAGCAUUGUCAGCCACAAAAGCUGUCCGUUUCCUCCAGUGACCCUGAUUUCAUAAAUGAGGAGAUUGAGGAACAGGAAUGCACAUCUUCUAACAGAUACCCCAAGAAGCAUACACUGCACCAUGGCCCACACCAGGACAGGGAGUCCUGGCCACGCCCUCCUCUCAACUACAGCCAUCUAGUUGCUCUGGCAUUAAAAAGCAGCCCUUCCUGUGGCCUCAAUGUGCAACAGAUCUACAAUUUUACUCGACAACAUUUCCCCUAUUUCCGGACAGCACCAGAAGGCUGGAAAAACACCAUUCGCCACAAUCUCUGCUCCCUGACCUGCUUUGAAAAGGUGCCAGUUGACAUGGAGGAAGAGCAGGAUGACAAACCUCGCUCUUUCAUUUGGAAGCUCACUGAUGAGGGACACCGCUUCUUUCAGGAGGACACCCGUGUCUUGGCCUGUGCUCGAAGGGAGAGCAUCAAGCAGUGUAUGCGCCAACCAGAGCUGAUAGACCUCCUCUUUCAUCUUUAA